GGCUACUCACAUCUGAUAUUUGCUAUAGGUUUUCCUCCGACAUUCCCUUCCAGCAGAUAUAUUGUAGUAUUUCUAACUGACAUUUGGAGUGUGGUCUCAAGAAGUUUCACUGUAAGCCAUCAGACGUUUGUGUUGAUCUUGCGGGCUCGCCCCAUCUGCAAAAGAGAAGAUGUUUUCCGCUUUAAAGAAACUGGUCGGGUCGGACAUAUCGACCAUGAAAGAUAAGAAUAUCCCUGCCGGCCUUCAGUCCAUGAACCAGGUGCUACAGAGGCGGUUCGCCAAAGGAGUCCAAUAUAAUAUGAAGAUAGUUAUUCGGGGAGACAGGAACACCGGAAAGACCACCCUGUGGCAUCGGCUGCAGGGGAAGAAGUUUGUAGAGGAGUAUAUUCCUACUCAGGAGAUCCAGGUCACCAGCAUACACUGGAACUACAAGACCACUGACGACAUAGUGAAGGUAGAGGUUUGGGAUGUGGUCGAUAAAGGGAAAGGCAAGAAGAGAGGAGAGGGUGGACUGAAGCUGGAAAAUGAGCCUCAAGAGGGGGACUCUGACCUGGCGCUGGACGCAGAGUUUUUGGAUGUUUACAAGAACUGCAAUGGAGUGAUCUUGAUGUUUGACAUUACCAAGCAGUGGACAUUUACCUACAUUAUGAGAGAGCUGCCCAAGGUACCAAGCCAUGUGCCAGUGUGUGUCCUUGGCAAUUAUCGUGACAUGGGGGAACACCGCGUCAUCUUGCCCGAUGAUGUGCGGGAUUGUAUCCAGGGCCUUAACAGACGACCCGGCUCUUCCUAUAUCCGCUAUGCUGAGUCUUCCAUGAAGAACAGCUUUGGGCUGAAAUAUUUGCACAAAUUCUUUAACAUCCCUUUCCUUCAACUCCAGAGAGAAACCUUGUUACGACAGUUGGAGACAAAUCAGCUGGACAUUGAUGCUACCCUGGAAGAGCUGAACGUGCAACAAGAGACAGAGGAUCAGAAUUACGAAAUAUUUCUAGAGAUGUUGGAGAAUAAUAAGCGCCCAGCGUCUCCAGUUGCAACCAAUGGGCAGAGUCCAUCUUCUGGCUCACAGUCUCCGGUGGUCCCCAUCAUCUCCGAGUCUCCUGACAGCUCCGUCACUGGCACUCCACUUCAGAUGCCCACUCCUACCCUGGCUGCUUCUCCUCCACCUCCAAUGGCUGAUGUUCCUGACGUAUCUGGCCCGUCUCCUUCUACAGUGUCCUCUCCACCACUUUCCCAGCAGUCUCAGCAGAAGCGAGGCUUCAUGUCAAGGCUCUUUGGAUCUUCCACAACUGAGAGUCCUCCAGCCAAACCAGAGACUCCAACACAUGCCGAGCAGCCAGUGAAGGUCCAGAGUGUGGAGGAUUUCAUUCCUGAUGAAAGCUUAGAUCGCAGCUUCCUGGAGGACGGCGCCACCCAAAAAGAACUAGAAAGACCUCCACCCCGAAACAGGAGAGACAGCGAUAGUGAUGUGGAUGUACCUGGGUCAAAUCCCAUGGUGGCUGGCUUCCAGGAUGAUUUGGAUCCUGAUGAUAGGGUAGCCCCGAAAUCCACUCUUCCCAUCAUACCCAGCAAGAACAUCACCCUGUCCAGCGACGAAGAAGGACCUGUUCCCUCUGUGCAAAUAGCUGGAGACGAAGACAUAGACUCUGAGCUAUACUCUUGGAAAACCUCUAAGGUCUCGGCAACUCAGACUCUCCCUGAGAAACCAAACCUAGCCCCGACCCUGGCACCAACAUCUAGCAAAAUCAAGAAAGCAAAAGUCAAGGUCAAAGAGAACUCAGACAGUGACCCGGAGGGUCCGAUCGCCACACAAAUGCUUUCCUUCGUUAUGGAUGACCCAGAUUUCGAUAGCGAAGAUUCAAACCAAGUUUCCAAGUCUCAGGAUUCGUUACCAGCGCUGAAUAACUUGUCAGACAGCUCCAGUGAAGAGACCAUGUCCUCUCGUCCUUCGGAGUCAGUAAAGCCCCCAGCAACCUCUUUUAAAAUCAGAGAAGAUGAUCUGUUUGGUUUGGGGUUUGUGGAGAAAGUGUCUAAGGACAGUGAGGAAGAUAAAGACAGUAAGACAAGCAAAGAUAAGAAGAAAAAGAAGAAGAAGAGCAAAGAGGCCCCAGAAGAAGAAAAAUCAAGCAAGAAAAAGAAUAAACACAAGAAAAGCAAAGACAAAGAAGAGGAGAAAGAGGAGAAGAAGAAAAAACCCAAGAAGACAAAGGAAAAAGAUGAGUUUGACGAACUGGAGGCCUUUCUUGGUGGAGGUGGUGGAGCAGUUCCAAGCCUGCCACGCUCAGGUGGGGAAUACGAGGAGCUUUAGGUGGUCCAUCAAGAUACUUGCUCAUGCUCCUUUGUGAAUCCUGAUCCUCUGCCUCCCACACCACAUACUUCUUGUAGAGCAAGCAAAACCUUGUUCUUUUGUAUGCUGGCACCCCCAGUGGGGAGUACUAGAGUUAACAGGUGGAGAAGAACUAUUGUCCAACCAGACUUUCAUCUUCUCCUCAAUCUCCUUCUCCAUGGAUCAUGUCUCCUCACCCAGGGCUCAGCUAAGGAGAAGAACGUGUACGCUUGGGUGGCAAUCACACUCAGGAGGAACCUAUUUUUAUCACCCACUCAAAAAGACCUUCAUCUCUCUCUUCUCAUGAACCAAACUAAUAAGUAGAACGUUGCAUGAAUUUGUAACGGUUAUCACCAACAGGAGUGAAGAAAAUUAACCGGAGUAACUGGAUGGUUGUCCGUGAUAAUAUACUUUACAAACCAAAAACACAAAAUUUGCCGCUCUUCACUAUACCACACGCUGCUUGAAAACUCUUUGCACUUCCACAUAACACUUUGGUCUAACUAGUGAACUUGCCCGGUCCUGAAUGGACUAAUUCCAACCUUUGGUGGCCCUCAGAAGGGCCAAAGUCACUUUUACCAGCAUGUAUAUGACCACAGCAAGUCCACAAUAGACAUUAGUCAUGUGGAGUAAUAAUUUUUAUUGCAACAAUUUUGCUUCUAAAGGUCACUCCUUCAUUUUAA